CAACUCGCGCAUGCGCUCUGCGGUCAUCACAGUAUGAAGAGUGCAGUGUUCAAGUAACGUUAGCGCGAGAGAUGAAGACUCCUCCAGACAGGCCAGGAAUCACCUUUGAGGUCGGAGCUCAGCUAGAGGCCCGGGACCGCCACAAGAACUGGUACGCCGCCACCAUCGAGAAGAUCGACUACGACAAGGAGCGGAUCCAGGUCCACUACCGCCAGUGGAGCCGCAGACAUAACGAGUGGUUUGAUUGGACGUCUGCGUACCUGCGGCCGCUGGAGCGAGUCAGCCUGAGGAGGCGGGGCCUGAACCCAGCGUGCUCCCAGCCGAUGUUGGUGUCAGGUACCAAGGUUCUGGCCUGCUGGACCGACUGUCGCUUCUACCCGGCCAAAAUCCUCCGAGUCAACAAGGACGACUCCUACACCGUGCGGUUCUUUGACGGCGUGGUUCUGACUGUGAAGCCCACCAAGAUCAAACCCUUCAAAGACAAGGCCAGACGUGAGAAAGGUGCGUUGGGAAGCGAGGGAUGGGAGGAAGGGGAGAGCGAGGAGGAAGAGAAGGAUAAGAGGAAGGAGGAGGAAAUGGAGGAGGACGUGACAUCAGAGGAGAAGGAGGAAGUGACAUCAGAGGAGAAGGAGGCAGUCACGUCGGAGGAGAUGAAGAGGAAGGCAGAACCUUCAUCCUCCCAUCCACCUGCGAAGAAGAAAGCAGACGACAUAAUGACUCCUGUCCCAGGUGGAAGCAGUGGAGCUCAGAAUCAGCCAAUCACAGCUGACUCUCCUCAGCCAGGCCCUCCUAACUCCGCCCACAUCGACAAAGACGUCCUGUUGGAGCGUCAGGCUCACCUCCCUACUACACACAAGUUCAGCAGAGAGCCACUGUACCGAGUGAUAAAGAACCAGCCUCCUCCCAUUCUCUCCAUCGAGUUGGACCACAACCCCUUCAAGUGUCCCGCAGCCGGCUGCUCCAAGUCCUUCAGGAAGGCCAGCCUGCUGCACUACCACAUCAAGUACUACCACUCCGAGCAGCCGCUGGACGGGCGCGGCGAGCACGAGCCGCCCAGGAGGAAGCGCUCAUCUUCUAAAGGCGGUGACUUCCUGUCAGAGGACCAGAACAGCUCCGGUCAGCCGGACGACAGAGAGCACUGCAUCAUGGGAACAGAAGUGAAGAUGGAAACAGAGAACGACAACAUGGGAGAACAGGACAGGAAGGAGAGCAAGAACUUCCUCAGAGUCAAACUCAAGAAGAAGAAAAAGAAGAAGAAGAGGAAGAAAAGCCAGUCAGGAUUCGGCAGCAGCGAUGAUGAGAACUCAAACCAACCUGCCAUCACUGUGAAGCUGCCCUCUGAACACCACAACACACACACACCAGCUGACGACGGCAGCGAUUGGUCGACGCUCACAGCGGAGAGCGGGGAGGACACGUCCUCUUGGCCCGUUGCUAUGGAGACAGAGGAGUGUGAGCUGGUGAGGUGUGUGUGCGAGGUGGACGAGGAGAACGACUUCAUGAUCCAGUGUGAGUCGUGUCUGUGCUGGCAGCACGGUACCUGUAUGGGUCUAUAUGAAGACAACGUCCCUCACAACUACACCUGCUACUACUGCAGACACUCUGCAGGCUGGAGGCGGGCUCAGCGGAUCCUGUCAGAACCUGAUUUGCUGAUAUCUGGUCACAUGUUCGGCCUGUCGUGUGUGAAGGAGAACUACUCAGAGAUCAACGCCUCCAAGAUCUCUCACACCAGCAGCCUGCUGGCACACACACACGUCCUGGGACAGGUCCUCCGCGGCCUGCAGCUCAAAGUCAGCCUGCUGCACGCUCCGUCCCACCCUGACCUGCAGCUGUGGAGGUUGCCAUGGCGACAAGAGGACGGCCUGAGGCUGGCGUCCAGCCCGAGAGCAGAGACGGCCGUCUGCUACGUCAGCAGUGAGCACUGCUACCAGAAGCCUGGAGCAUCAUGGGAAAACUCCGAGGGGAAGGAAAUAAAGCCUGAAGAUGUCGACACCAAACCAGCUGAUGUCACGAGAGAUACAGACACGCACUGCACACACUCAGACUGCUGUGCACACACUCAGACACACACACACCCCCAGACACACACUCAGACACACACUCACCCCCAGACACACACUCAGACACACAAUCACCCUCAGACACACACCCAGACACACACUCAGACACACACUCAGACACACACACACCCCCAGCAGCCGGCGGAGCCUCGUGCGGCGUCCGAGGCCGAGUGUCGGCUGAACCUGCUGGAUCACGUGGAGUCUCUUCACCACCAGAUCAGCUCCAGGAUGGACCUGAUCGAGAGAGAGCUCGACGUGUUGGAGUCCUGGUUGGACCACUCGGGAGAGCUGGAACCUCCGGACCCUUUGUCCCGCCUCCCGCAGCUCAAACAGCGAAUCAGGCGGCUGCUGCAGGACCUGUGCACCGUGAGACACCUGUCGGUGUGGCGCUGACACCCGUCACCCCCCCCCCACCCCACCCCCCCGAACUCUGAGCCCUGACCUUUGACCCUGCUGUCUCUGCCAACCAGACACACAGACAGACACACAGACAGACACACAGGCAGACACACAGGCAGACAGACUCGUAGAGAGAGAGUCAUGUCUCUGAGAGAGUCGAGUCUGAGCGAGUCGUGUCUCUGAGUGAGUCUCUGAGUGAGUCUCUGAGAGAGUCGUGUCUCUGAGUCUUGGAGAGACGCUGCUGCGGCCGCGGGACAGAACAGCGGGGCCUCCGGUGGACAAAGCGAGGUUGAUCCAUUUGUAUAAGAAGGGUCUGAACAGAUUUUAUUUUGUUAAACAUCACGAAGGUACCGGAACAUUUCCCAACCCGCGUGCUGUGAUUAUUGAUUAUUGAUUAUUGAUUUAGAACUACACCAGGGCUGGAUACCAACACCGGGACUCUGAUACCGGUUCCUAAUCAAUACUGUUUUGGAUACCAAGUUUAUAAAACAACAAGAAAUGACAACAU